AUGGCACCAAACGGACUUGCGAUUCUCAUCGGCGCGGGGCCGAACACGGGCACAGGAAUCGCACGCAUACUCUCUUCGCCGUCGCACGGUAACCUCGCCGUCGCGCUCCUCGCGCGCCGCCCCGAGAGCUUGCAGUCUGUGAUCGCCACGAUCCGACAGACGGCGCCCGACGCCGUUCUCGAAGCCUUCCCCUCCGACACGUCGAAAGCGGCGAUCGAAAAAGCGUUCCGGGAUAUCAAAGCGCACGCGAGCUUCGCGGGGCUGAAGGCCAGGAUCGCGGUGUACAGCGUGAAGCACUCGUCCAAGAAGCCGUUCUUGGAGGAGACGAGAGAGGAGUUUGAAGGCAGUCUGGAGGAGUAUGUGGGCGGGGCUUUUACGUUUGCGCAGGAGAGCGUGAAGCGGUUCUACGCUGAUCACGGCGAGGAGGCGCUGGCGGAGGGCGGGGAGAAGAAGGGCACUCUCAUCUUCACCGGCACGCUUGGUGCGCUGCGAUGCAGCGCGCAGUUCGCUGCGUACGGUGCGGGGCGCGCUUCGGUCCGACAGCUGGCGCAGACGCUGGCGCGGGAGCUCAGCGAGAAGGGCGUGCACGUCGUGCAUACGAUUGCGAAUGGCGCGAUCGAGGACAAGGACGGCGAGGACCAGAAGAUCGGGAAGAAGAUGAGCGCUGAUGCGGUCGGCGAGACGUAUCUGUGGCUGCAUAAUCAGAAGCCGUGUUUGUGGACGCAUGAGCUCGAUAUGCGGCCGGCGGCGGAGAAGUUCUAG